AUGUAUGCAAAAAAUGGUCUUUUACGUUUUGGAAUUUUGGAGGAAAUAACUGAAGAAGAAUUUACUUUAUUGGCAAAUGAAAAUUUAGAAAAUGAUAAAGAAAUUGAUGAAAAUAAAGCAAAAAUUUAUAAAAAAUUAACUGAAAGAGAAUUGCCUUUUGAACAAGAAUCGGCAAUAAAUAAUUUAGAUUCAUUUACGUCUAUAUUGAUGGACGGUAUUGAAUUAAAUUUUAAUAUAAAAAUGAUGAAAAUAAUUAUAAAAAUGGCAAAAAACUUUCAAGAAUAUAAAAAAUUGAUUAUUGUAAGAGAAGAAAAUGAAAAUUAUUUUAAAGAAAUUGAAAAAAUUUUGGAAGAAAUUGAAUGGAAUAUUUUAAUUGGAGGAAUAUUUAAAAUUAAAGAAUUUGAUAGUAAUGAAGAAGUAAAAGGGGAUAAUGAAAUUAAAGCAAUUAUUCCUUUAAAGAAAAUUAAAAACAACAAAAAAUUUACUAAAAAAUUUGUUGAAAAUUGUUUAAAUUAUUUGAUGUGUGGAACUAAAUUGAGAACUAAAAGUCUUGGAAUUUUGGAAAAUAUGCCUAAAAUAAAGUUAAAUUGA